AUGAUCACCCUCUCCCAAAUCGCAACCGGCCUCGUUGCCGCCGAGCACGUCUACAUCCUCGUCUUGGAAAUGUUUCUCUGGACGACACCCCGCGGUCUCAGAACGUUCAAGCUCGACAAAGAUUUUGCGGAAAAGAGCAAGGCGCUCGCCGCCAACCAAGGGCUCUACAACGGCUUCUUGGCGGCCGGCUUGGCCUGGAGUCUGCUGCACCCGGUGCCGGUUUUUGCGCAGGAGCUGCGCCUUUUUUUCCUGUCCAAUGUCGUCGUGGCCGGUGCGUACGGCGGCGCGACAGCGACGAGGAGGAUCUGGACAGUGCAGAUGAUGCCGGGCCUGGUAUCCUUUGCAUUGACCUAUUUCUUCCUUGUUGGCGCGUGGGCUCCGUUAUUACUGUCGAGAAAUUUUACAUUAUGGUCGCACGAAAUGAAUUCACAUGUUGAAGAUAGACACGUCUUUGACGUUCUCAAAAUAAUCCUGUAG